AUGGUCGAGGGAGGCUUCGCCAAACUCUUCCAGAAAAGGUCUCUCGUCCGCCUCACGCAGAAAUACCAGCCCUUGGGAAGCGCCGAGCCGGAAGAGGAGAGCCAGGAGGAAUGUGAGCUGAAAGUCAUUGAGCAGGAGAAGGAGGUGACUGUUCUGCCCCCAAAAGAUGCAUGUAAAUGCCAUAAAGAAGACUUGGCAAAAGCUUUAAAUGUUGAUUUACACACUGGACUCUCGGAGACUUCUGUGCUACAGCGCCGGUUGAAACAUGGCUGGAAUGAAUUUUCAGUAGAUAACACAGAGCCCAUAUGGAAGAAAUACCUAGACCAGUUUAAAAAUCCCCUCAUUCUCUUGCUGCUGGCUUCUGCCUUAGUGAGCGUCAUCACUAAAGAAUAUGAGGAUGCAGCGAGCAUCACCAUGGCGGUGCUUAUUGUGGUCACCGUGGCCUUCAUCCAGGAGUAUCGUUCGGAAAAGUCUCUGGAAGAACUGAACAAGCUGGUCCCCCCCGAGUGCAACUGCCUAAGGGAAGGAAAACUGCAGCAUCUUCUAGCACGAGAGCUUGUGCCUGGAGAUAUCAUAUAUCUUUCUGUUGGCGAUAGGGUCCCUGCAGACCUCAGGCUAAUAGAGGUUACAGAUCUGCUGGUGGAUGAAUCCAGUUUUACGGGAGAAGCUGAGCCUUGCAACAAGACUGAUGGUGUGUUGCUGGAAGCCGGAGACAUAACCACGCUGAGCAAUGUUGUUUUCAUGGGGACCCUGGUGCGAUACGGGAAGGGAAAAGGCAUAGUUAUUGGGACGGGUGAAAACUCACAGUUUGGAGAGGUGUUCAAAAUGAUGCAAGCUGAAGAGACUCCCAAAACACCUCUCCAGAAAAGCAUGGACAGACUGGGGAAGCAACUCACUCUUUUCUCCUUUGGGAUAAUUGGUUUAAUAAUGCUCAUUGGCUGGUUACAAGGGAAGCAUCUUCUCAGCAUGUUCACAAUCGGAGUUAGCCUUGCGGUGGCUGCCAUCCCAGAGGGCCUUCCCAUCGUGGUCACCGUAACGCUGGUGCUGGGUGUCCUCCGGAUGGCCAAGAAAAGAGUGAUUGUGAAGAAGCUUCCCAUAGUAGAAACCUUAGGUUGCUGCAAUGUCAUCUGCUCGGAUAAGACAGGCACUCUGACAGCCAACGAGAUGACGGUGACUCGGCUUGUGACCUCGGACGGGUUCCAGGCAGAGGUCAGUGGGGUGGGCUACAACGGAGAAGGAAAUGUUUAUCUUCUGCCAUCAAAGGAAAUUCUUAAAGAAUUUUCCAAUGUCUCAGUCGGGAAACUAGUGGAGGCUGGCUGUGUAGUCAAUAACGCUAUUAUCAGGAAAAACAAUGUGAUAGGACAGCCCACAGAAGGAGCUCUCAUGGCCCUUGCAAUGAAGAUGGAAUUAGCUGACAUAAAAGAUAUUUAUGUAAGGAAGAAGGAAAUUCCGUUUAGCUCUGAACAAAAGUGGAUGGCCGUGAAAUGCACACUGAAAAAUCAGGAUCAGGAAGAUGUUUACUUUAUGAAAGGAGCAUUUGAAGAAGUUAUUCGAUAUUGCACUAUGUAUAACAGCAGUGGCAUCUCGUUAACGCUUACACCCCAGCAGAAAGCCAUCUACCAGCAGGAAGAAAAACGAAUGGGCUCCUCAGGUCUACGGGUACUCGCUUUGGCUUCAGGGCCAGAACUUGGCAAGCUAACCUUUUUAGGUAUGGUUGGAAUAAUCGAUCCCCCCAGGGCUGGAGUGAGAGAAGCUGUUCAAGUCCUUUUUGAGUCUGGUGUAUCAGUAAAGAUGAUAACUGGAGAUGCUCUGGAAACUGCUGUGGCUAUAGGACAGAAUAUUGGUCUCUGCAAUGGGAAACUGAAAGCCAUGUCUGGGGAAGAGCUGGACCAACUGGCAGAGGCAGAGCUCUCAUCCACUGUCAAAAAUGUUUCAAUUUUCUUCAGAACGAGUCCAAAGCACAAACUAAAAAUCAUAAAGGCUUUGCAGAGGGCUGGUGCUGUUGUGUCAAUGACAGGAGAUGGUGUUAACGAUGCUGUGGCCCUUAAAUCUGCCGAUAUUGGGAUUGCAAUGGGGCAAGCCGGUACAGACGUCAGCAAAGAGGCUGCCAACAUGAUCCUUGUGGACGAUGACUUCUCAACAGUAAUGAAUGCAAUAGAAGAGGGAAAAGGAAUAUUUUACAACAUAAAAAAUUUUGUGCGGUUCCAGCUGAGCACGAGCAUUUCAGCAUUGAGCCUAAUUACUCUGUCAACAGUGCUCAACCUACCCAAUCCACUCAACGCUAUGCAGAUCUUAUGGAUCAACAUCAUCAUGGACGGGCCCCCAGCCCAAAGCUUGGGAGUUGAACCUGUCGACAGGGAUACCAUCAAACAGCCCCCCCGCUGUAUUACGGAUACUAUACUCAGCAAAUCAUUGAUCCUGAAAAUCUUCAUGUCAGCUGUAAUUAUCAUCAGUGGAACCCUCUUUGUCUUCUGGAAGGAGAAUCCAGAAAGUGGCAUAACUCCCCGAACCACCACAAUGACUUUCACAUGUUUUGUGUUUUUUGACCUCUUCAAUGCCCUGACAUGCCGCUCUCAGACAAAGCUGAUAUUUGAAAUAGGCUUUUUUCGAAACCGCAUGUUCUUGUAUUCUGUGCUUGGGUCGUUCUUGGGACAGCUGGCUGUUAUAUACGUCCCUCCAUUACAAAAGAUCUUCCAGACAGAGAAUUUAGGGGUCCUAGGGAUCCCUGCCCAGCCCAAAAUCCAGCUGUCCACUGUGUUCACCUCUGCUCUGUUUCCUCUUGGCAGACCUGCUGUUUCUUACUGGACUGGCUUCCUCCGUUUUCAUCGUGUCCGAGUUGGUCAAACUCUGUGAAAAACACUGCUGCCAACCAAAGCACACAAAGGAGUGUCAUAACUGAUGCAGACUUCCUCUAAAGACAUACUCAGAUUUGAGUUACCCAGCAUCACAGCUCCGACGCUCCAUUAUCUGAUGAUGCACGUCUUUUCUGAAGAUCCCCAAGUAAAUCUGUACCGACAGUUCUUCCUACUCCAGUGCGUUCCUUCUGCACACUGUACCUAAGCUGUUUGAGCUGUCUACAGAACCC